AUGAUCAAAAACAAUCUGGAGGAUGAACAAACUUUAAGACAUAAACAAAACUCCUAUGCUAUUUCCAAACAUUUUAAACUGAAACGACAAGAACAAACUAUUUGCACAACACCACCUGACAAUUUGUUAAGAAGAAUACUGAGACAAUCAAAGAAUCAUCGCAACAACCCGACAAAACCAGGCGAAGUGGCAGUUUCAACCGUUGAAACGUCAUUAAGCCCAAGCACGAACAACCAUCAAUCUGCAGAUCACUCAACAGUACGUGGUCUCCACAGUUCGCAGCAUCGCCACCAAGCCAAACUAACCCACCAAUCAGCAAGCAGAUUGUCAUCAGUUGAGCAGGCAUCUAGGAUGGAACAGAACGAAACAAACCGCAUGCUUAGUAUCAUGUUGCUCACAAUCUCCUUCGCAUUCAUCCUCAUGACUCUGCCCAGGAACAUCUACUUCCUCUUCGUCUACUGGUCCAAUUACAGCAAACAUUCGGAGCUGUUGUCCUCACCUGGCAGCGCAGAUGAAGAUGCACUUGGAAAGAAUAUUAGUAGCAGUGAGGGUGGUGCUGGAAUCUACAAUGAUGACCAAUCACAUACGCAUGCAAACCUCCUGCUAGCUUCGACCCUCACAGAAAUGCUGAUGUUCCUCAACCACUCCUCCAACUUCUUCCUCUACUGUGCCACCGGUCAAAAGUUUCGAAUGGAGCUGAAGAAGAUGUUGCUAUCAUGGAGAUCGUGCUUGUCAUCGGCGCUCUGCCACCUGCUCUCUUGCUUUCCAAGCUCUCAUACAACUGCUUGUAAGAAGAACAACGGUGCUCCGUGCUUUAAAUGUUUUGUAAAAACAAAACAAGAUUCUGCUGUUUUCAAGAGCAACCAUGAUAUAAAAAGAACUAAUUCUAUGUGUUAUAAAAUCCAGCAGCUAAACAUGCACCUGAUGAAAUAUUCUUGCCAGUCACAUUGCUUAGGAGGGGGUGAUAAGAACAAUUGGAGCAUUCAGAAAAGAUCCUCGCACACUGACGAUGGUGCUAGCAACCCCGAAAGAUCAGCCUGCUACCACACCGUUGUUGUAAACAUGUUGUCCGAUCACAUAUGCAGCAGUCUCAAGAGAAUAGUAUGGUCAACAGUAUCAAAAGCUGAGAAAAAGUCAAGAGCAAGAAGAAGAAUCUUCAAUAUUUACAUCAAAUACCGACCGGAAUGCUUCUUUUCAGGUUCAACACAAAGACAACAGCCCUUCUUCUUGCGACAUUUUACGAUCGAACUUCUCUUUGUCUAA